AUGUUGUCAACCAGCGCUCGUGGUAGAGGCAUGGGCCGAGGAGGAGGACCGGGUCGACGAGUACCAAAACUUGGUCUGCUUUUUGUCAAGACCCGAGUUGGCGGUUUUUUUGUAAAAAUACCGCGGCAUCGAUUGCUGACUAUGGAAGAGGAAACACAAGACGAGGAUGGUAAUAAAAAACAAAAACGUCCCCGAAAACCGCGUCGGAGUCAAUUAGAAGACGCAUAUCCUCCAGCUAUACAGGAAGGCUUUUUUGGAAUGCGCCCUGUUGAAGGCAAAGCACUUAUUGAUGCCGUAGUGGAAGAACCAUCAUUAGCUGAGUAUGGUAGAGGGAGAACAACCACCACUACUGAAGCAGGGAGUAGCGGUCAUGAAUUGUCGCACGAAGCCACUGAACAGCUAAAAAAUGAUUUAACGGAGGUGGACAUUCUCAAAAAUCUGGACAUUGGUGAUCUUGGUGAUGUAGAUAUUGACAACAUGGACAUGGAUUUCACUAGUUGGAUGGAAGAUGACGAGGAUGACGAUUUUGAUGACAGCUUGAAUGAUGCAUUCGACAUUGUAAAGGCGGAUGGUUUCGAGCCAACCACCAACAGUGACUCUACGUCUGCACCAUCUUCUGCUGCUCCAACAGGCCCAACGACAUUUCCCAAUGAUGUAUCAAGUAACAACGUGACCCCUGCUCCGACAACUCCAUCCUAUAUCAUCCCGAAUACAACUAAAUCUCUAUCGAGAAGCAGUAGUCAAAUGGACGGAGUAGAGAAGAAUAAUCCUACGACGGAAAGGUGGGAAGAAGAUGAGCCUCUAGGCAGUCAGGCAACAAAAGCAGCUGUGCUUUAUGCAAAUGAAAGGCACGCCUAUCUAAAGGAGAAGUAUCCCGAUUGGAACGAUCGUGUAAAACAUAUUCAGCGCCUCUGGCGUGUCCUAGACACUGAAAACAGACAGGAUUUCGUGAGCAGAGCAAGAGAAAAUCGCGCCAAUCGCGGAAAACAACCAAGAAUGAAGCGUGCAGGACAGCAACAACAACAGCAAUCGUCCUCCGGCGUUGAUGAGCGGUUCAAGGUCCCAAACAUACCGGGUGGUGGCCAGAUGCGACCAGAUUAUUUUCAUCCUGAAAUGGGAGCCCAACCGAAUCAAGAUGUUCCCGUUCAACAGAUACGCUCCACGGCUCAUCUAACACAACCAGUUCUCGAGCAGUAUGAGCUAAUGCGGACACGAACGCUCGAUCUGCAGAAACAUCAGCAAGUCAUCGAAUCGGACUUGAACAGGAUGCGAAAGCAAAAGAAGAAUCUUGCUGCUAAACGCCGUCAAAUGAUGAAAAGUGCUGGAACUGAUGCUGACGGUAAACAGAUUCCGGUCGAUUUGAAUGAACAGGAUCGAAUGGCUCUACAGGCUUUAUUAGAUCAAAUCCCUGCCAGACAAAAAGACUUGGAGUCGUGUAAGCGUGAUCUGAAGUCUCAUUUGGCAACUGUUUAUGAAUUUGAGCACAAAUGGAACAUUGUUCGCAAUGUUGAACCUGGAGACGCCAUGCGCAUGGCUAUGGCCCAGCGAGGUGUGGCUGGUCCAGCUAUACCUGGUGGUCCCAUCGUUGCUCCUCCUGGUCAACCGCUUCCGUCACCAACAACAAUGGGCGGAGCUCCUCCUCAAUUCCAUUCUCAUUUGGCAGGAACUUCUCCUCAAUUUCAACAAAUGCGCGUGCCUCAGCAGAUGCCUUAUGGGACUGUUUGCGCCCCACCGCCAGAGGUGCAAAGAGCUCCGAUGCAGGUUGCUCGGUCAAUGUGGACACGUAUGCCAGCUCCAGUGCUUGGCGGCAUACACUAUGAACGUCUUCAAACCCCAUUUGAAAAAGAGGUGUAUGAAUGUCUUGAUGACGUAGUAAGCAGGGUAUCCGUUCAUUUCGACGGUCGCGAUUUCGCUCGCGAGGGACUUGCUGGGCAAGGUAUGCUGAAACGUCUGCUCGAGCCUGCUAUGGGGCAACAAAUGCCACCUAUGGGCUCUGCAGCAAAUCCAGGAACAUCGAAUCAUCUCAUGGAGCAGCUAGAACCACCGAGGCCGAAAAAGAAGCGCACGCAGCAGAAGAAGUUUGAAACAUUGGGUAUGGGGAACGAAUACGAUUUGAUGGUAGAAAGAGUAAAUACUCAGCUACGACUUUGUGAGCAGUUGCCUAAACGGGCGUUAGAACCUGCACCACGUAACCCUGGUGCCGCUUUUGCUACUAUGGGAAUCAGUGAUCUUCCUGAUCGUCGCGACAAGCGUGCUCUGGUUGGAAAUGAGUUUGGUAACUUAUCAUUAUCCUUUGUUGACGAUUACUACACUGGCUCUAGUCGUGACAUUGGAAGCUUAGAAAUGUCCAGCCUUUCAAUGUCGGACCUCGCACCUCAGGCGAAUCUUUCGGCACUUUUGGGAAUGUCACCACCUCCGGUUUAUGAUAUGGUUGUUGAUGCCGAGGACGCCGCAUACGGCACGUUUGACCAGUGGGUGGUAUUCGCUCAUGCGCUGGAUCGACAACCAUCUGCAGAUCAUAUGCGUGUUGCGAGCAAGUUGCCAGAGUUCACUAUCCCACUUGAACCUCGUCGAAAAGUCUUUGAUAUGGUACAAACCUAUACUUUUGUUAGAUUCACGAAACCAGAAACUUUGGAAGAAGUUGAAGUUUCUUUGGUCGUCAAAGAGGAGUCAACAGUCCCUCCAGGAAUGGGAGUAGCUGCUUUAUUCGAACAACUGCGGUCCAUUCUCGGAGUACAGCAAAAUAUCGAUUAUCAACUUGAUACGCCACCCCUGUCACCGGAGGCGUCUCUGAGAGCUGAGAAUAUUGAUAAGGUGAAACGUGAGCCAGUGGAGCCAACUGCACCAGUUUGCGGUGGAAGAUGUCGCGCUUGCGAUAGAAGUAUGGAAGCAGUACUCAUACAACAGACAAUGAGCCAGCUGGGUUUGACACCUACUGAUGACGAGAAGGAUGAUACUGUUUGCUUCUGCUCUAUGAAGUGUUAUUAUCAGUUUGUCGCCGCUAGCAAGGUUGCUUUGUCCCCAGAUCAGCUUACAGCAGCCGAAUCACAUGUUGAUGAAGAUACCCUUGCGAAACUGAGGCAAAUCAGUGCUGAGAGUUUUGCGAAAUGUAUAAAUCAGGGGAAGAUGCGAAUGGAUCUUCCACCAGCUCCAGCUGUUCCUCCUGAUGCCUUCUUGACAUCACCGCGCGAUACCCGCUAUGUCAUGGACGAGGGUAGAAGGGACAACGUGCAGAUCAUCCGUGUUGCCGAUUUGGCAAGCGUCCAUGAUGUUUCACAACGUAAAGACCCAGGUCGCAGUCCUGGUGAUGACUGGAAGACAUACAAUCGCGAUUUGUUGCAGUCAUUUUAUAAGAUUCAGCAAACAAAACAUGAGUUAGCUUUGUCACCAAAAAUGGGUGUCGGUUUGGGCCCUUCAUUCGAACUUGACCGUCGUGUUUGUGUUCUUUGCGGUGGAAUAGGUGAUGGAGAUCCUGCUCUUUGUGGACGGCUUCUCAACUUAAGCGCAAACCUAUGGGUUCAUGUCAACUGUGCGAUGUGGAGCACAGAGGUAAAGAGACGUUAUCUUGAUAAAGUGUUUCUAAUAUGUCAACUAUCAGCCUUGGUUUUUGAAUCCUCUUCUGGAGCUCUUCUUCACGUUGAUCGCGCCAUAGUCCGAGCAGCUGGAGUCAUCUGUCACCUAUGUGGACGUGUGGGAGCUAGCGUCCAAUGCCACAAGGUUGACUGCAACGUCAAUUUCCAUCUACCAUGCGCGGCUAAAAUCCAAACUGCCAAGUUCAUCAAAGACAAAACUUUUUUCUGUACGAAGCAUCCUGAGAUUAGUCCUGAUGUCAUGGUCUCAUCACUAGAGGCUCUCAGAAGAAUAUACAUAGAAAGGGAUGAAAACGCCUUGUUGUCGCGGCUAUUCGAUUUAUCCGAUUCUACUACGCGUUUAUGCCUUCGAUUAGGUGCACUGUGCUUCUUUCAAGUCGGACAGCUCCUUCCAGAGCAACUAAAGACGUUCCACAAUCAAACUCACAUAUUUCCUAAUGGAUACCAUGCAUCGCGCUGGUUCUGGUCGGCAAAUGAUCCAAGAACACGAUCAUUGUAUAACUGUAGGAUCAAAGAUGUUGAUCAUAGACCGAAAUUUGUCGUAUCAUGUGGAGAUCGUACGUAUGAGGGCGAUAGUGCAACAGGCAAGUCGUCUUGUUCCCUUUCUGAAUACUUCUUAUACACCUCACCUUUACAUUUUGCUCCUUGCAAAGAUUGA